GCAGCACUCAGGCCUCUCCAUGUGCGUGCAGUUACCUUCCUGAGUUGCCAGGUGCUCCGUUCUCCUGGCCACUGCCAGUCCCAAGCCAGGCCAGAAGUUUCUGGGCUUCUCUGCAUGACGCAGCCUGCCUGGCUGACCCCUGACACCCCCUGUGACAUUGUCCCUGGUGCCCUGACUGCUCCCAGGCUCCUCUUUCUUUUUCUCCCAACACUUUUCUAGCUACAGUUCAGGCUAGACUGACCUACGCAUACCCCUAAGCCCUGCUUCUGAAAGCCUCCGCGUUAGUUCUCAUUGCCCUGUUCUCAUUCUGGACUGCAGAGCCCCUUGGGUCACAUUCUGCACCAAAGUUCUGGCCCUGAGAAUUCUCGUGUGUAGGUCCUUCUCAGAAAUGGGCCACAGGCACAGACAUGCACCAAGAGGGAGGGGAAGGGCAGGGCUGCAGGUGGCCCCCACCUUCUGCCCCUGAGCUAGGGACCUUCCCUAGUCUACUCCUAAGUCUCCCCAGAAUCCUUGGUGCUGUGAGAAUUCCGGGCUUCCUGGCCUCAUGACAACACCAAAUGAAACAAGAAGUUCCAGAACGCGGGGUCCUGGGCCUGGGUUGGAGACGGCUGAAGGGCACAGGGUCAGGGCCGGGCUCAGGCUGCAUACAGGCUCAGGUUCAGAGCCUGGUGGCUGUGGCUGGUGGGGGUGCCCAACGUGUGUCUCAGGAUGGUUCUGGAGCUCUAUCUGGACCUGCUGUCAGCAUCUUGCCGCGCUGUCUAUAUCUUCGCUAGGAAGAACAGCAUCCCCUUCGACUUCCAGUUUGUGGAUCUGCUAAAGGGUCACCACCAUAGCAAGGAAUACAUAGAGAUCAACCCUAUGAAAAAGCUACCCAGCCUCAAAGAUGGAAAAUUUAUCUUAUCUGAAAGUGUGGCCAUCCUUUUCUACCUGUGCCGCAAGUACAGCACACCCUCGCACUGGUACCCACCAGACCUGCACACACGUGCCCGCGUGGAUGAGUUCAUGGCCUGGCAGCACACUGCCAUUCAGCUGCCCAUGAGCAAGAUCCUCUGGGUCAAGAUGCUGAUCCCAAUGAUCACAGGGGAGGAGGUUCCAGCCGAGAAGACAGAGCAGACACUGCUGGAGGUGAAGAACAACAUGCAGCUCUUUGAGGAGAAGUUUCUGCAGGACAAGCUGUUCAUCACUGGGGACCACAUCUCACUGGCCGACCUGGUGGCCCUGGUGGAGAUGAUGCAGCCCAUGGGAAGCAAGUAUAACGUCUUCCUCAAUAGCUCCAAGAUAGCUGAGUGGCGCAUGAGGGUGGAGCUGGCUAUUGGCUCUGGCCUCUUCUGGGAGGCCCAUGACCGGCUGAUGAAGUUGGCAGAGUGGGACUGUUCAACGUUGGAUCCAAUGGUCAAGGAGAAGAUCUGCAAGUUGCUGCAGAAGUUCAAGUAGAAGCAGCCCAUCCUGCCAGGCUGGCUCAGCCCUUUUGAGCUUCCUUCCUUAGAGGAGAUGUUGAAAACAACUCCAUUUCUUUGCUUAAUAAAGUACUAUAACAACCA